GAACAGAAAAUAACUGCACUGAUAGAAGUCAGGGAGCAGCAGAAGGCAGUCACAAUGUACAGCAUGCUCGCAGACAGGUGAUCAGUACCCGGCAGGUAAGGCUUGCACUGACCUUAACAAGAAUGGAGGCCUUUUUUAGGGAGUACCUGAGCUGGAUAGGGUGCCUGUGGGACAAAAUCUGGCCUCCUUCUCAGUCAAGCAGGCAACCAACUGUGUCCACUAUACACCAUCCUGCAUCUGUCAGUCUGCCAAGUAUCGACAUAGUGACUGUUCUCUAUGACUUCAAUGCCAGAGACAUAAACGAAUUGAGUGUGCAAGAAGGAGAGGAACUUUGCAAAGUCAGAGACGAUGGAGAUUAUAUCAUGGCAAGGAAAAUGACAGGAACCAUGGAUAUGGGGCUCGUUCCGGCAAACUAUGUGGCUCUAUCAAGUUUCUCCGCCAGUCCCGCAAUCUCCACCAUUUCCAGCCUUCUAGUCAGUGACAGUCUUCAAAACCAUUACAUUAUGCACCAUGAGCCCUGGUACACAGAAGUUUCUAGUCGUUAUGAAGCAGAGAGACUGCUACUGCUUCCACCCAAUGCCAGUGGUUCUUACCUGAUCCGUCCCAGUGAUACCAACCCAGGACAAUAUUCAUUAUCAGUGCGCAUUGAAAAUAAAGUCACCCAUUUCCGCAUCCAGGAAAACUCAAAGGGAGAAUUUUACCUACAGAAUGGGAGAAGUUUCCCCACCAUCCAGGAUCUUCUCACUUUCCAUAAAACAAACUGGAAGCUCCUUAAGGGCCCAUUGCUGCAGCCUUGUGUGACAGAGGUUGCAGUUGACAACUGGGAGAGACCACGUUCGGAGUUCAAGAUGAUUAGAAAGUUAGGGCAAGGAUUUUUUGGAGAAGUAUUUGAAGGCAUCUGGAAUGAUCAGCAAAAUGUGGCAAUAAAAACCUUUAAACAAGAUAGCCUUGAGAAGAGUGACUUUGAGAAAGAAAUUACAGCACUGAAGAGUCUGUGUCACAGGAACCUCAUCCAGCUGCUGGCUGUGUGCUCAAUUGGAGAACCUGUCUAUAUCGUUACUGAGCUGAUGAUCAAGGGAAACUUAAAUAGCUACUUAAAAAGUGUUGAAGGGAGUGGACUGAAAAGUAAUGAUUUUAAUAACAUAAUUGGUCAAGUGGCAGAUGGUAUGGAGUAUCUGGAAAAGAAGCAUGUGGUCCAUAGGGAUCUGGCCACGCGAAAUGUACUGGUGGGAGAAAACCUUAUCUGUAAGAUUGCUGAUUUUGGAUUGGCCCGAUUGCUUAAGGAUGAUCUUUAUUCUCCAGAGCAUAAUCAACAGAUCCCUAUAAGAUGGACAGCACCAGAAGCUUUAACGCACUGUAAAUAUUCAACAAAAUCGGAUGUGUGGUCUUUUGGCAUUGUAAUUUAUGAAGUUUACACAUUUGGUGAAUUACCAUAUAAAGGAAUGAGUCACAAGGAAAUCAUUUCUAAAGUAACAAACGAAGGCUACAGGCUAUCUCAGCCUUCUAACUGCAGUAUGGAAAUGUACAACUUGAUGCUGACGUGCUGGAUGACGAAACCCAAUGAGCGACCAAGUUUCCAGGAGCUAGUGGAGAAACUAACAGCUAUUCAGAGGUUGGUUCGAUGAAGUAUAGUCCUGUUCCCAGGCUUCCGGUCCAUGAUCAGGAUUACAUUUGUAGAAGAUAUUGUUUCUAAUGUACUAUGUAGACUUUAACAAAAGAAAAGGAUGGAUGAACCAUUUCAUUGAAGGAAGUUUACAUCAUCGUGGACACAGAGAGUAAAGUGUUGGAGGCAACAGCGAGCAGCAGCCAUGUUGUCCAGAGCUAAAAUAAAUAUCUGUUCUGAGAACAUUUUCAAACAAGUGAUUCAGAGACUGUGAUUGGUUUUGCUUAUAUAAGGAUGGUUCAGUUCAGAAUCCACACUACAUCAUCUCACAAAGGAUCUGAACACAAGCAAAUGGGACAUCUGUUUUGUGCUGAAAACUUGGAUGUUCUGCAGAUGUUUAUAAAGAAAUUAGUGGAGUGAAUAUUCUUACUGAAGCUAAUAAUACAUCUGUCAAAUAUAAUGGGAGUCAUUGCUGAAAUUCCAUAGAUGAAGUUCAUCAUCUUGGAGUACCAUGCAUGCAUUAAAGAAAUAAGCUGUAUAAAGCCUCAUGUAAAAAUAUAGGAUGCCUACAGUAUAUGCCAGGGGGUAAAGCCAUCUCAGGGUGCACCCAGUUCUGCACUAGCAGCCUAUAAACCAGGCUUAUGUUAGCUGUAGUUACACCCUGAUGCACUUACACCCAGGUCUUAAGCACAAGAGAAGUUUUUUUCAAUAUUUAUUUUUAUAGCACAAAAUGCAUUCACUAGUAGGAAUGCUUCAACUAAACAUAAAUAAACUCACAAAAUCAUAUAUAUGUACCCUCAGUGAAGAAAGCACCUACCAGCUUCACUAGUGAAUCCACAGUCAUCCAAUCAGAAGUGGCUAGCUAGGGCAUCAUCAUUGGCAUUCAUUUGUACGGCCCAUGGCCAUGUUUUGUACAAAUUUGUUUUCUCUGAAAUGUGCCAGUCAACAAAAAUAAUUAAACAGAUCAUUUUUUA